GACUGUUAUCUGACACUUCAUUUCAGGUCCCCCAUCCUCCAAACCCUAUCCCUGCCAUAGCUCACGCUCACAGCUCCGCUCAGCUGGGCCAUGGCUCUCACGCUUCCUCAUCCGCUGGCUCGUUUGCCGUUCUACCAUCAAACCCCACGGAUGACUCAGCCAUUGCAUCGAGCUCCCACGUCGGAGACGGGCAUAAGGUCGCUGGGAUUCUCGGCCAUUAGCUUCCCGGCGAAGCCUAGUGACCAAGUAGCCCUCAAAACUUGCUGGGAUUCCAAGACCCAAUACGGCCCUGUGCUCACUCGCGCUACCGCUAGCGGCACUCUGACUGCUGAAUCUGAAGGGACGGUGACAACAAAGAACACUAAGCAGGGCGGUUCUGCAGAAGCAUAUGCAAUUGCUCGACACAUACAUAUGUCUGCUAACAAAGCACGAAGGGUAAUUGAUCAGAUACGGGGACGUUCGUACGAGGAAUCACUUAUGAUACUAGAACUCAUGCCUUACCGAGCAUGUGAUCCGAUUCUUAAAUUAAUUUAUUCUGCUGCUGCAAAUGCUAGUAACAAUUUGGGUUUGGACCAAGCGAACUUAAUAGUUAGUACAGCUUAUGUUAAUGAGGGUGCCACGAGGAAAAAGCCUAGACCUCAAGCUCGAGGAAGAGCUUGUGCGAUAAGGAGGCGCACCUGUCAUAUUACUGUUGUGUUGAAAGAUUCAAGCUUGUAAAACAUGCAACUUUUAGAACCAUCUCAACCUGAGGUUUUCUGCUUGUAAUAUCCACUUAAAUGCAAACUGUUGUAAAUUCCAUAGGAAUUGUAAGUGCAAUCCUAUGUUUUUAAAUCUUAUCAAUAUCUUUUUAAUUA